AUGAUCAAACACAAGGCAAUUGAAGGUGGUAUGGGUAUUCAUCUUUAUCGAAAUUUUUCUAAUCAGAUGUCAAGAGGUGAUUGGAUAAUCCAAGAAGUUUUUGAAAAUUGUGAUUUUAUUCAACGCCUUCUACCUGAUACAGCACCACUCUCAACUGUUCGUAUAAUAACUUCUUCGUCAGCCGACAAAACUGUUCCUAUCAAACCAUUAACAGUCGUAUUUCGAGCUGGACGUUCAAAUGAAUUUACAGAUCAUAACGCUAUUUUCUUCAACAUUGAUAUGACGAGCGGAAUACUGUCAUCAGGAACAACGACCCAACAUUGGAAUAAAUUGGGCAUACAUUACUUCUGUCAACCAGAUACAUCCAUGUGGAAAGAAUACAUGAUUCAUCCAGAUAGUGGUGUUCGAAUAGAAGGUGUUAAGUGGACAAAUGUCGUUGAAUCGAUUCAGAUUGCGUGUAAUGCACAUGAAAAGAUGUGUAGAGAUGUCCCACUCAUUGGAUGGGAUGUAGCACAUACAUCAAAAGGAAUUAUUUUAUUAGAAUUAAAUAUUUCGUGCAACUUUUUUAAUGGAAAAUUUGAUAAAAAAUAUUAUACGGAUUUUUGUUAUCAAUGGUUUCAUGUAUUGGAUAAAAUAUAA